AUGUAUUGUGCUAGGCUUAAUAUAGGAUGGUUACUGAGAAAUAUUGCAAUUGAUUAUGAUAUUGAUAUCAAAUGGAUAUUUUUGGAAUCUGGUCAUAACACAGGCGUUGCUGAUGGCAUAGGAGGAGCUGCAAUAAAACGUAAAUUUGAUGAGAUUGUGGCAUUCAAUCCUGAUAAUGCAUUUUCAAAUGCAUUAGAUCUCAUCAAUGGUACAAGAAACAAUACAGAUAUUAAAUUAUAUCUAUAUGAUACAACAAAUAUAUCAAAUUUAAAAAAUAUACCAGAGCUCAACACAGUAAAAGGCACUGCAACAUUCCAUGAAAUGAUUGAAAAGAUGGAAAAUUCUAUGCCAAGACAGUGUCAAGCGAAAAAGAAAAACUUUUAA